UACGGUCUUGGAAGAGCCUGCAGAGCCAGCAGUGGCUCCAGGCCUGGGGAGCCACCCCACCCACCGGUCAGCCAUGGGCCCUCAGAGGCCCCCGCUGCCGCUGGUGCUGCUGCUGCUUCUGCUGCUCUUAGACACCAGCGUCUGGGCUCAAGACGAAGUGCUGGAAAAUGUCAACUGGAACUGUCCAAAAGACGCAACUCGAUUCAAGCACCUCCGAAAGUAUGUGUACAACUAUGAGGCUGAGAGCUCCAGCGGAGUCCGUGGCACUGCAGACUCCAGAAGCACCACCAAGAUCAACUGCAAGAUCGAGCUGGAGGUUCCCCAACUCUGCAGCUUCAUCCUGAGGACCAGCCAAUGUACCCUUAAAGAGGUGUAUGGCUUCAACCCAGAGGGCAAGGCCUUGAUGAAGAAAACCAAGAACUCAGAGGAAUUUGCAGCUGCCAUGUCCAGAUAUGAGCUCAAGCUGGCCAUUCCUGAAGGGAAGCAGGCUGUCCUUUACCCUGAGAAGGAUGAACCUAAACACAUCUUGAACAUAAAGAGGGGCAUCAUCUCUGCCCUCCUGGUCCCUCCGGAGACAGAAGAGGCCAAACAAGUGUUGUUCCUGGAUACCGUGUAUGGAAACUGCUCCACUCAGGUUACUGUAACGACAAGGAAAGGAAAUGUGGCGACAGAAAUGUCCACAGAGAGAGACCUGCAGCAAUGUGAUGGCUUCCAACCCAUCAGCACUAGCGUCAGCCCCCUUGCCCUCAUCAAAGGCCUGGUCCGCCCCUUGUCAACUCUGAUCAGCAGCAGCCAGUCCUGCCAGUAUACCCUGGACCCUAAGAGGAAGCAUGUGUCAGAAGCCAUGUGCAAGGAGGAGCACCUGUUUCUGCCUUUCUCAUACAAGAAUAAGUACGGGAUCAUGACACAUGUUACACAGACACUGACUCUUGAAGACACACCUAAGAUCAACAGCCGUGUCUUUAGUGAAGGUACUGAGCAGGUAGGUCUGGCCUUUGAGAGCACCAAGUCCACGUCACCUCCAAAGCAGGCUGAGGCUGUUUUGAAGACCCUUCAGGAACUGAAAAAACUGUCCAUCUCAGAUCAGAAUGCUCAGAGGGCAAAUCUCUUCAAUAAACUGGUUACUGAACUGAGGAGCCUCAGUGAUGAGGCAAUCACAUCUCUUUUACCACAGCUGAUUGGAGUGUCCAGCCCCAUCACUCUGCAAGCCUUGGUUCAGUGCGGACAGCCCCAGUGUUACACACAUAUCCUCCAGUGGCUGAAAAGCGAGAAAGCUCACCCACUGCUGAUUGAUGUUGCCACCUACCUGGUAGCCUUGAUCCCAAAUCCCUCAACACAGAGGCUGCGGGAGAUCUUUAACACCGCCAAGGAGCAGCAGAGCCGAGCCACCCUAUAUGCACUGAGCCACGUGGUCAACAAUUAUCAUGAGGUGAACCGUGCAGGGAGCUCAGAUCUGCAGGACAUUGCUAAUUACCUGCUGGAGCAGAUUAGCAACGAAUGCACCAGGGAUGAAGACCACACCUACUUGAUUUUGAGGGUCAUUGGAAACAUGGGCGGAACCAUGGAACAAGUAACACCAGAACUCAAGUCUUCAGUCCUGAAUUGUGUCAAAAGUACAAAACCAUCACUGCUGAUUCAGAAAGCUGCUAUCCAGGCCCUGAGGAAGAUGAAACUUGGAGAUGAGGCUCGAAGGAUCCUGCUUGAGACUUUUGUGGAUGGUGCCUCUCCAGGGGAGAAACGACUGGCUGCUUAUCUCGUGCUGAUGAAGGGACCUUCCUCAUCAGAUAUUAACAAAAUUACCCAACUUCUCCCAGGGGAACAGAACGAGCAAGUGAAGAACUUUGUGGCAUCUCACAUUGCCAACAUCUUAAACUCCGAAGAACUAUAUGUAGAAGAUCUGAAAAAUUUAGUGGAAGAAGCUUUGAAGGAAUCUCAACUUCCAACAAUUAUGGACUUCAGAAAAUUUUCCCGGAACUAUCAACUUUCCAAAUCUAUUUCUUUUCCAUCAUUUGACCCAGUCUCAGCCAAAAUUGAAGGGAAUCUUAUAUUUGAUCCAAACAAUUAUCUCCCCAAGGAAAGCAUGCUGAAAACAACCCUCACUGUCUUUGGAUUUGCUUCAACUGACCUAUUCGAGGUUGGUUUCGAAGGAAAGGGUUUUGAGCCAACAUUGGAGGCUCUUUUUGGGAAGCAAGGAUUUUUCCCAGACAGUGUCAACAAGGCUUUGUAUUGGGUCAAUGGUCAAGUUCCUGAUCGUGUCUCCAAGGUCUUAGUAGACCACUUUGGCUAUACCAAAGAUGACAAACAUGAACAGGACAUGGUGAAUGGAAUCAUGCCCAUUGUUGACAAGUUGAUCAAAGAUUUGAAAUCCAAAGAAGUCCCUGAAGCCAGAGCCUACCUCCGCAUCUUGGGAGAAGAGCUUGGCUUUGUCAGGCUCCAAGACCUUCAGCUCCUGGGAAGGCUUCUAAUGAAUGGUGCACGUACUCUGCAGGGAAUCCCCCAGAUGAUUGCACAGGCCAUAAGGGAAGGUUCAAAGAACGACCUGUUUCUUCACUACAUCUUCAUGGACAAUGCCUUUGAACUCCCCACUGGAGUAGGGUUACAGCUGCAAGUGUCCUCAUCUGGAGUCAUCACCCCUGGGACCAAGGCUGGAGUGAAACUGGAAUUAGCCAAUAUGCAAGCAGAGCUGGUGGCAAAGCCUUCAAUGGCCCUGGAGUUUGUAACAAACAUGGGCAUCAUCAUCCCCGCCUUCGCUAAGAGUGGUGUCCAAAUGAACACCAACUUCUUCCAUGAGUCAGGCCUAGAGGCUCACGUGACUCUGAAAGCUGGGCAGUUGAAGAUCAUCGUCCCUUCUCCAAAGAGGCCGGUCAAGCUAUUCAGCGCCAGCAACACAUUGCAUUUGGUCUCUAACACCAAAACGGAAGUGAUUCCACCUCUGAUUGAGAACAGGCAGUCCUGGUCAACUUGUAAGCCUUUCUUCACUGGCAUGAACUACUGUGCCACAGGGGCUUACUCCAAUGCCAGCUCCACAGAGUCUGCCUCCUACUACCCACUAACAGGGGACACCAGGUAUGAGCUGGAGCUGAAGCCUACAGGGGAGGUAGAGCAGUACUCUGCCAGUGCAACCUAUGAGCUCCAGAAAGAGGACAGGUCCUUGGUGGACACACUGAAGUUCCUAGUUCAAGCAGAAGGUGUGAAGCAGACCGAGGCUACUAUGAUGUUCAAAUAUAAUCGGCGGACCAGGACUUUAUCCAGUGAAGUCCUAAUUCCAGAUUUUGACAUUGACUUCGGGACAAUCCUCAGAGUUAAUGAUGAAUCUGCUAAAGACAAAAAGUCUUACAAACUCAUCCUGGACAUUCAGAACAAAAAAAUCACUGAAGUUGCUCUCGUGGGCCAUGUGAGUUAUGACAAAAAGGGAGAUGGCAAGAUCAAAGGUGUUAUUUCCAUACCUCGUUUGCAAGCAGAAGCCAGGAGUGAGAUCCACACCCACUGGUCCCCCACUAAACUGCUCCUCCAAAUGGACUCAUCUGCCACAGCUUAUGGCUCAACAAUUUCCAAGAGAGUGGUGUGGCGUUAUGAUGACGAUAAGAUUGAAUUUGACUGGAACGCAGGCACCAAUGUGGAUACCAAAAAAGUGGCCUCCAACUUCCCUGUGGAUCUCUCCAUUUACCCCCGAGCUUUGCACAAGUAUGCAGAUAGCCUCCUGGAUCACAGAGUCCCUCAAACAGACAUGACUUUCCGCCACAUGGGUUCCAGAUUAAUUGUUGCAACAAACACAUGGCUUCAAAUGGCAUCCAGGGGUCUUCCUUAUGCCGAGACUCUACAAGAUCACCUCCAAAAUAUGGGAUUGCCUGACUUCUACAUCCCAGACAAACUCUUCUUAAAAAGUGAUGGCCGGGUCAAAUACACCUUGAACAAGAACAGUGUGAAAAUUGACGUUCCUUUGCCUUUUGGUGGCAAAUCAUCUAAAGAUCUAAAGAUGCUCGAGAGUAUUAAGACACCAGCCCUCAGCCUCAAGUCUGUGGAAUUCUACCUGCCAUCUCAAGAGUUUCAAGUCCCCACUUUUACAAUCCCCAAGACAUAUCAACUUCGAGUGCCUCUCUUGGGUAUUCUGGACCUUUCCACAAAUGUCUACAGCAACUUGUACAACUGGUCGGCCUCCUAUACUGGUGGCAACACCAGCAGAGACCACUUCACCCUUCAGGCUCAGUAUCACAUGAAGGCCGAUUCAGUGGUUGACCUGCUUUCCUACAGCAUGCAAGGAUCCGGAGAAACAACAUAUGACCACAGGAAUACGUUCACAUUAUCAUGUGAUGGGUCUCUACACCACAAAUUCCUUGAUUCGAAAUUCAAAGUCAGUCAUGUAGAAAAAGUUGGGAACAACCCAGUCUCAAAAGGUUUAUUAACAUUUGAAGCAUCUAGUGCCUUGGGACCACAGAUGUCUGCUACAGUUCAUGUAGACUCCAAAAAGAAACAGCAUCUGUAUGUCAAAGAAAUCAAGGUUGACGGGAAGUUCAGAGCAUCUUCAUUUUAUGCUCAAGGCAAAUAUGGCCUGUCUUAUCAAAGGGAUCCUACCACUGACCAGCUGAGUGGGGAGUCCAACCUGAGGUUUAACUCAACCUACCUCCAGGUUACUAACCAGAUAGUGGGAAUAUACCAAGAUGGAACCCUCUCCAUCACCUCCACCUCUGAUCUGCAAGACGGCAUUUUCAAAAAUACUGCUUCCCUGAAAUACGAGAACUAUGAACUGACUCUGAAGUCUGACAGCAAUGGGCAGUAUGAGAACUUUGCUACUUCUAACAAGGUAGACAUGACCUUCUCUAAGCAAAGUGCCUUGCUCCGUUCUGAGUAUCAGGCUGAUUACAAGUCCUUUAGGCUCUUCACCCUACUUUCUGGCUCACUCACUUCUCAGGGUGUUGAAUUAAAUGCUGAACUCUUGGGCACUGACAAAAUUAAUACUGGUGCUCACAAGGCAACUCUAAGGAUUGCACGAGAUGGAAUAUCUACCAGUGCAACAACCAACUUGAAAUACAGCCCCCUGUUGCUAGAGAAUGGGCUGAACGCAGAGCUUGGCCUCUCUGGGGCAAACAUGAAAUUAUCAACCAAUGGCCGCUUCAGGGAACACCAUGCAAAAUUCAGCCUAGAUGGAAAAGCUGCCCUCACAGAGGUAUCAUUGGGAAGCGUUUACCAGGCCAUGAUUCUGGGUGUUGACAGCAAAAACAUUUUCAACUUCAAAGUCAGCCGAGAAGGGCUGAAACUUUCCAACGACAUGAUGGGUUCCUAUGCCGAAAUGAAACUCGACCAUACAAACAGCCUAAGCAUUGCAGGUCUAUCACUGGACUUCUCCUCCAAACUUGACAAUAUUUACAGCUCUGACAAGUUCUACAAGCAGAAUUUUAACUUACAGCUCCAGCCGUAUUCUCUGGUAACUACUUUAAGCAAUGACCUGAAAUUCGGUGCUCUAGACUUCACCAACAGUGGGAAAUUACGACUGGAACCCUUGAAGCUGAAUGUAGGUGGCAACCUAAAAGGAACCUACCAAAGUAAUGAGAUAAAGCACAUCUACACCAUUUCUUAUACUGACUUAUUACUAGCAAGUUACAGAGCAGACACUGUAGCUAAGGUUCAGGGUGCAGAGUUCAGCCAUCGGCUCAAAGCAGACGUUGAAGGGCUGGCUUCCUCCAUUGACAUUAUCACAAACUAUAAUUCAGACCCACUGCAUUUUAACAAUGUUUUCCACUUUGUUUUGGCCCCAUUUGUGUUGGGCAUUGACACACAUACAAGUGGCGAUGGGAAACUGACUCUCUGGGGAGAACACACUGGGCAGCUAUACAGUAAAUUUCUGUUAAAAGUAGAACCUCUGGCUCUUACUUUCUCUCAUGACUACAAAGGAUCCACAAGUCACAAUCUCCUGCCCGGGAGCAGCAUCACUGCAGCUCUUGAUCACAAAGUCAGUGCCCUGCUCACUCCAGCUGAGCAGACAAGCACCUGGAAAUUCAAGACCAGACUGAAUGACAAGGAGUACAGCCAGGACUUUGAAGCCUACAACACUAAAGACAAAAUCGGUGUAGAGCUUAGCGGGCAAGCCCUGGCUGGCUUCUCUGGGCUCUACUUUCCAAUUAAAGUGCCAUUUCUCCUCAGUGAGCCCGUUGAUGUCCAUAAUGCCUUAGAGAUGAAUGAUGCUGUUGACAAGCCCCAAGAAUUCACAAUUGUUGCUUUUGUGAAGUAUGAUAAGAACCAGGAUGUUCACACCAUCAGCCUCCCAUUCUUUAAAACCCUGCCAGACUAUUUGGAGAGAAAUCGAAGAGUAAUUAUAACUCUAUUGGAAACCAUACAGGGAGAAUUGCGACGCAUUGAUAUUGAUCAAUUUGUGAGGAAAUACAGAGCAGCCCUGGGAAGGCUCCCACAGCAAGUUAAUGAUUAUCUGAAUGCAGUCAAUUGGGAGAGACAAGUUGCCAGUGCCAAGAAAAAACUAGCUGCUUUCACAGAAAAUUAUAGAAUUACAGAAAAUGAUGUACAAAUUGUAUUAGAUAAUGCCAAAAUCAACUUCAAUGAAAAACUCUCUCAACUCCAGUCGUACAUGAUACAAUUUGAUCAGUAUAUUAAAAAUAAUUAUGAUCUACGUGAUUUAAAAAUAACUAUUGCUAAAAUUAUUGAUCGAAUCAUUGAAAAAUUAAAAAUUCUUGAUGAACAUUAUCAUAUCCGUGUAAAUCUAGCAAAAUCAAUCCAUAAUCUGUAUUUAUUUGUUGAAAAUAUUGAUCUUAACAAAAUUAGAAGCAGUGUAGCAUCUUGGAUUCAAAAUGUGGAUACUAAAUAUCAAAUCAGAAUCCAGUUACAAGAAAAAUUGCAGCACCUCAGGACACAGAUUCAGAAUGCAGAUCUCCAGGAGCUUGCCACAGAGUUAAAACAACAGGUUAAAGCUAUUGAUGUCACAAAGCUUUUAGAUCAAUUGAGAACUGCAAUUCUAUUCCAAAGAAUAAAUGACCUUAUUGAGCAUGUCAAAUACUUUGUUAUGAAUCUUAUUGAAGAUUUUAGAGUAACUGAGAAAAUCAAUGUUGUUAGAGCUAUAGUCCAUGAGUUAAUUGAGAAAUAUGAAGUAGACCAACAAAUCCAGGUUUUAAUGGAUAAAUCAGUAGAGUUGGCCUACCAGUACAAGCUGAAAGAGACUGUUCAGAAACUAAGCAAUGCUCUACAACAAGUUGAGAUAAAAGUUUACUAUAGGAAAUUGGUUGGAUUUAUUGAUGAUGCUGUUGAACAGCUCAAAGCAUUGUCUUUUAAAAAAUUAAUUGAAGAACUAAACAGAUUUCUUGACGUGUUGGUGAAGAAAUUAAAAGCAUUUGAUUAUCACCAGUUUGUAGAUGAAACCAACAACAAAAUACAUGAGAUGACUCAGAGAAUCAAUGGUCAAAUUCAAGCUCUUGAACUACCACAAAAAGCUGAAGCACUAAAACUGUUGGUAGAGGAUUUCAAGGCCGUGAUCUCCAACUAUCUGGAAAGGCUCAAGGAUACCAAAGUAACUAUGUUCAUUGAUUGGUUGCAGGGUGCUUUGGUUUACAUAAAAGCCCAUUUUCAAGACACUCUAGAAGAUAUACGAGACAGAAUUUAUCAAAUGGACAUUCAAUGGGAACUUGAGCGAUAUCUGUCUCUGGUAAGCCAAGUUUACAGUACACUGGUCACCUAUAUUUCUGACUGGUGGACUCUUGCAUCUAAGAACCUUACUGACUUUGCAGAGCAAUAUUCUAUCCAAAACUGGGCUGAAAGUGUGAAGGCUUUGGUGGAACAAGGAUUCACCGUUCCUGAAAUCCGGACCUUUCUUGGAAACAUGCCUACCUUUGAGGUCAGUCUCCAUGCUCUCCAAGAAGCUACCUUCCAGACUCCUGACUUUAUAGUCCCCCUGACAGAUUUGAGGAUUCCAUCAAUUCAGAUAAACUUCAAAAUGUUGAAGUAUGUAAAAAUUCCAUCCAGGUUUUCCACGCCAGAAUUUACUAUCCUCAACACCUUCCAUGUCCCUUCCUUUACAAUUGACUUGGUAGAAAUAAAAGCAAAGGUUAUCCGAACCAUUGACCAAAUGCUGAGCAGUGAGCUGCAGUGGUCUAUUCCAGAAGUACACCUGAGGGACCUGAAGAUGUGGGACAUCCCUCUUACUAGAUUCACUCUCCCAGACUUCCAUGUACCAGAAAUCACAGUUCCAGAAUUCACAAUCCCAAAUGUCAACCUUCAAGAUUUUCAAGUUCCUGACCUUCACAUACCAGAAUUCCAGCUUCCCCACAUCUCAGACACAAUUGAAAUACCUGCUUUUGGCAAACUACAUAGUAUUUUGAAAAUCCAGUCUCCCCUCUUUACAUUAGAUGCAAAUGCCAACAUACAGAAUGUGACUACUUCAGCGAACAAAGCAGAGAUCACAGCUUCAAUCGCUGCCAAAGGAGAGUCCAGAUUAGAAGCUCUCAAUUUUGAUUUUCAAGCACAAGCACAGCUUUUAGAGCUACAUGCUAAUCCACUAGUCCUGAAGGAAUCCAUGAACCUCUCCAGUAAGUAUGUGAGAAUGCAGCAUGCAAGUGAAGUGCUAUUUUCUGGAAAUAUCAUUGAAGGAAAAUCAGGCAUGGUUGCAAGUUUACACACUGAAAAAAACAUAGUGGAGUUUAAUAAUGAUGUGAUUGUCAAGAUAAACAAUCAACUUACCCUGGACAGUCACACCAAAUACUUUCACAAGUUGAGUGUGCCUAAGCUGGACUUCUCCAGUAAGGCUUCCCUAAACAAUGAAAUCAAGGCAUUAUUAGAAGCUGGACACAUGGCAUGGACUUCUACUGGAACCGGGUCAUGGAGCUGGGCCUGUCCUAGCUUCUCGGAUGAGGGAACACAUUCAUCACAAAUUAGCUUCACUGUGGAAGGGCCCAUCUCUUCUUUUGGAUUGUCCAAUAAUGUCAAUAGCAAACACUUAAGAGUCCUUCAAAAGCUGGCUUAUGAAUCUGGCUUCCUCAACUAUUCUAAGUUCGAGGUUGAGUCAAAAGUUGAAUCUCAGCAUGUGGGCUCCAGCAUUCUAAGUGCUAAGGGCACAGCACUGCUCAGAGAAUGGAAGGCAGAAAUAACUGGUGAGCACAAUGCUAACUUGAAUGGAAAAGUUAUUGGAACUUUGAAAAAUUCUCUUUUCUUUUCAACACAGCCAUUUGAGAUUACUACAUCAACAAAUAAUGAAGGGAAUUUGAGAGUUAGUUUUCCAUUAAAGUUGACUGGGAAGAUAGACUUUCUGAGUAACCAUGCUCUGUUUCUGGGUCCUCAUGCCCAGCAAGCAAGCUGGCAAGCAAGUGCUAGAUUCAAUCAAUACAAAUACAAUCAGAAUUUCUCUGCUUUAAACAAUGAGAACAGCAUGCAAGCCCAUGUGGUAAUGAAUGGAGAUGCCAACCUAGAUUUCUUAAACAUACCUUUAACCAUACCUGAAAUUAAUCUGCCUUACACAGCACUCACAACUCCCUCACUGAAAGAUUUCUCCAUAUGGGAAAAAACAGGCUUGAAGGAAUUCUUGAAAACAACAAAGCAAUCAUUUGAUUUAAGUGUAAAGGCUCAGUAUAAGAAGAACAAAGAUAAACAUUCCAUCACAAUUCCUUUGGGCAGUUUUUAUGAGUUCAUCCGCUACAAUGUCAAUUCCUUGGACAGAAGUUUUGAAAAAGUCAGAGAAAGGACAUUAGAUUUUCUUACCACAUCCUACAAUGAAGCAAAAACUAACUUUGAUAAGUACAAAAUUGAAAAAUCCCUCAACCAGCCCUCUGGGACCUUCCAAAGUUCUAAGGUCAUCAUGCCUUCAUACCAGUCAGCUCUGCCCUCCCUUGAACUGCCAGUCCUUCAUGUCCCUAGGAAUCUACUCAAGUUUUCUCUCCCAGAUUUUAAGGAAUUAAACACCAUUGACAAGAUUUUUAUUCCAGCCAUGGGCAAUUUUACCUAUGAUUUUUCUUUUAAAUCAAGUGUUAUCACACUGAAUACCAAUGCUGGACUUUAUAACCAAUCAGAUAUUGUUGCUCAUUUCCUUUCUUCUUCUUCAUUCGUCACGGAUGCACUGCAGUACAAAUUAGAGGGCACAUCACGUUUGACAAGGAAACGAGGGGUGAAGUUAGCCACAGCUGUAUCUCUGAGUAACAAAUUUGUGGAAGGCACUCAUGACAGCACCAUUAGCUUAACCAAGAAAAAUACGGAAGCAUCAGUGAAAACAACUGCAAACCUCCGUGUUCCCGUUCUGACAAUGAGCUUCAAACAGGAGCUUAAUGGAAAUGCCAAGUCAAAACCUAUUGUCUCUUCAUCCAUUGAACUGAACUAUGAUUUCAGUUCCUCAGAGCUGAACUCUACUGCUAAAGGGGAGUUUGACCACAAGUUCAGCUUAGAAAGCCUCACUUCCUACUUUUUCAUUGAGUCAUCAACCAAAGGAAAUGUCAAGGGUUCGAUCCUUUCACAGGAAUAUUCAGGAAAUAUUGUAGGCGAGGCCAACACUUACCUGAAUUCUAAGGGCACUCGGUCUACAGUGAGCCUACAGGGAGCUUCCAAAGUUGAUGGUAUCUGGAACCUUGAAGUAGGAGAAAAUUUUGCUGGAGAAGCCAAUCUCCAACGCAUAUAUGCCAUUUGGGAACAUGAUAUGAAAAACGAUUUACGACUAGAGAGCAUCUUCAUUACAAAAGGAGAGCAAACAUCUAAAGCCACCCUGGAACUCUCCCCAUGGACGAUGUCAGCCCUUGUACAGGUUCAUGCAAGUCAACCCAGUUCCCUCCUUGAUAUUCAUCACUUUGGCCAGGAAGUGACCCUGAAAGCUAACACUAACAACCAGAAAGUCAGCUGGAACAGUGAAGUCCGGGUUCAUUCACGAGUUCUCCAGCACAGUGUACAGUUCUCCAAUGACCAAGAGGAUGUACGCCUUGAUAUUGCAGGGUCCUUAGAAGGACAAUCAUGGUACCUUGAAUAUAUCAUUCUACCAGUGUAUGACAAGAGCUUACAGGAACUCCUAAAGAUGGAUGGAAAGAAACAGUAUCUUCAUGCUUCAACUUCUUUGGUAUACACCAAAAACCCCAAUGGUUAUUCCUUCCCACUCCCCGUCCAAGAACUAGCUGACAAAUUCAUUAUCCCAGGGCUGAAACUCAGUGAUCCAAAUUCAGUUCUUGUCACACCUGCAUUCCAAGUCCCAUUUACAGAUCUUCAGAUUCCAUCCUACCAACUUGACUUCAGUGGAAUAAAAAUCUAUAAGGAACUAAGUACUUCACCGUUUUCCCUCAACCUACCAACACUUCCCAAAGUAAAAUUCCCCAAGGUUGAUGUGUUAACAAAAUACUCUGAAGCAGAAGACUCCUCUCUUCCCUUUUUUGAGAUAACUGUUCCUAAAGCUCAGUUAACUAUGUCCCAGUUCACUCUUGCGAAAAGUUUUCCAGUUGGCAGCACUGUUUUGGAUCUUAAUGAAAUAGCCAACAAGAUUGCAGACUUUGAUUUGCCUACCAUCUUCCUGCCUGAGCAGACUAUUGAAAUCCCUUCUUUUAAGUUCUCUAUACCUGCUGGGAUUUUUGUUCCUGUCUUUGGAGCACUUACUGCACAAUUUGGGGUGGCUUCUCCCCUAUAUAAUGUCACUUGGAAUGCUGGUUUGAAAAACAAAGAAGAUCAUGUUGAAACAUUCCUGGAUUCCACAUGCAACUCAACCUUUCAGUUUCUGGAAUAUGAUCUAAAUGUUGUGGGAACACACAAAAUUAAAGAUGAUAUGUUUAUCUACACGACCAAAGGAGCACUUAAACACCGCGACUUCAAUGUAGAAUAUAAUGAAGAUGGCAAAUUUAAAGGACUUUGGGUCUGGGAGGGAGAGGCUCACCUUGACAUCACCAGUUCAGCACUGACUGAUCUCUACCUGUACUACCAAGAGAAUGAGAGAAGUCUGUCCUACUCAGCAACCUCCCCAACCAUAAGCAUGGGCCUGGUUUCAAGCACAGAUAACAGGAGUGUGAAUUUGAAUGUCUACUUCCAACCCCAGUCCUAUCCAGAUAAAAAACUCAGUAUAUUCAAAACUGAGUGGAGAUACCUGAAGUCUAAUGAUGAAAUUCAAAUCAAAAUUAAUUGGGAGGAAGAGGCAGCUUCCAGACUGCUAGGCUCUCUAAAAGACAACGUGCCCAAGAUGACAGAGGCCUUUUAUGAUUAUAUCAACAAGUACCACCAGGAGUACACAGGACUCAACCUGGGAGAUGCAUCUUCAAAUCUAAGAAGAAGUCUACAAAACAAUGUUGAGUGGGCCUAUCAAGGGGCCCUGAGGCAAAUUGACAAAAUGGACAUGGAAUUCCAGCAAGCAGCCAGUGGCACCACAAGAACCUACCAGGAGUGGAAAGACAAGAGCCAGAAUCUGUAUGAACUGUUGGCACAGGAGGGCCAAACCAGCUCUGAAAGACUCAAGGAUAAAGUGAUUGACAGCCUAGUGCAAGUUACUCAGAAGUACCAUGUGGCCGUCAAGCAUCUGAUUGACUCAUUAAUUGAUUUCCUGAAGUUCACCAGAUUCCAGCUCCCAGGAAAAACUGGGACAUACACUAAAGAUGAACUCUGCAGUAUGCUCCUGGGGGAGACAGGGAAGGUACUAUCUCAGCUAUAUUCAAGUGUCCAUAACAGCUUAGAAAAACUGCUUUCCUAUGUCCAAGACCUAGUAGAGAAAUCUGACUUAAUAAGUGACAUAACAAUUAAACUUCCUUUUCAUUCAAGGAGCUACAACCUAAGAGAUGUUAUUCUGAGCUACAGAAAACAGCUAAAUGCUUUAUCACAAACAGUCCAAGAGGAACUUAAUGGCCUCCAGUCUAUCAAAUUUACAGAGAUGCUCAGUGACAUUCAGCACCUUCUGGAUCACAUUUUAGAAGACAUAGAAAAAAACAUUAAAAGCUUAAAAGAGAAAGGAUUUCUUUAUUUCACUAAUAUUAUCCAAAAACGGAUGUACAGAGUCCAACAGGCUUUUGGAUUUCUGAAAGAAGAACUGAGUCCUUACUUCACAAAGUUCGAUGAAUUUGUUCAAACUAUCCUUCAGGAGGCUUCUUACAAGCUGCAGCAGGCCCAUCAGUAUAUAAAGGCUCUUCGUGAAGAAAAUUUUGAUCCCAGCAUAGUUGGCUGGACAAUAAAAUAUUAUGAACUUGAAGAAAAGAUAGUCGACCUGAUCAAGACUCUUAUAGUUGCCCUUGGGGAUCUCCAUUCUGAGUAUAGUGCCACAGCUCUUGGCUUUGCUUCCCAAAUCUCAACUCAAGUUGAGCAAUUUGUAUACAGGGAUAUCCGAAAAUGUCUUAGCAUCCUUGCUGAUGCAGACGGAAAGGGGAAAGAGAAGAUUGCAGAGCUUUCUACAGCCGCACAGGAAAUAAUUAAAAGCUGGGCCACUGCAAUGAAGGAGAUUAUUUCUGACUGCCACCAGCAGUUUAAUUCCAAACUGCAGGAGUUUUUAGAACAACUCCCUGAUUACUACGAAAAAUUCAUCCUUGGGUUCAGAAGAUCGAUUGACCUGUCCAUUCAAAGCUACCACAUGUGUCUAAGAUAUAUCACUGAUUUACUGAAAGAGCUUCAGGCAGCCACGGCCAAUGAUGUGAGCCCCUACGUAAAGCUUGCUCCAGGAGAACUGAUUAUCACCUUCUGACUUUUUGAGCAAUCUUCAUUUAUUAAUCUAUUCCAAUUAAAUUUCAACAUAGUAGGGGAAAUUUUUUAAAGUACUUUAAAAAAUAUCUAUUCAGCCAGCCCUGCAGUAGGCAGUAACUGCAAGAAGAAUCUGUGAACACCACAGAAGCUGGCCUAGAAACUCAGAAUCUGCCUGAACUCGAGAUGAUGUAUUCUACAAGUUAAAGAAAAUCAGGAUCUGAGUUAUUUUGUUAAACUUGGGGGGAGGGGAAGACAAAUAAAUGGAUUCUUUAUUGUGUAUCGUA